AUGACACUGCUCCUGGAACAAUACUCAGAAAAAAUAAUGAUGUGUUCGCAAUUAAUCACAUACAAUUCACAGGAACAGUUAAUGAAGUUAGUAUAUAAAUGGAGAUUGCUGUAUAAAGAGUUGGCAAGUGCAUGGCAAGAGCCAAUGCCAAGAAUUUGGAAAUCAUAUAAGGAAAAGAGGAAUCUAAAAAUAGUCUGCAAGAAGUAUAUCAGAAACGGGUAUUAUGCUAAUUAG